AUGAAUGUUUUGUCAAACGCAACAAUCAGGGCCCCAGAGCAGUCUCCCGCCCUCUGUGGCCCCGGCUCCAUCCACGAUUUACCCCACUGCCCCCCAGGGUUUCGCUUGAGCUCCUGCAUGAACCCCGUACCGAUGCUGAGCCUCCAGGCAGGUCCCAGGUCCUCAAAGGCCCAGAAGGAGUUGAGCGCCGAGGAGCAGCAGGAGCUCAGACGGAAGAUCAAUAGCAGAGAGAGGAAGAGGAUGCAGGACUUGAACGUUGCCAUGGACGCCCUGAGGGAGGUCAUGGUGCCCUACGCCUCCUCUCCUCCUGCCUCCUCGCAGUCCCAUCAGCCUGGUGCCCCUCCAGGACGGAGGCUUUCCAAGAUCUCCACCCUGGUCCUGGCCAGGAACUACAUCCUCCUUCUUGGUUCCUCUCUGCAGGAAAUGCGGCGGCUCCUGGGGGAGGUAAGCGUCGGGAUGGGAGUGAACACGGGGCCCGUUCCCCGGCUGCUGUUUGCAGGAGGGUGGCCCCUGAUGGCUGGACCGGGUCAGCUCCUCCUCACCCAUGAAUCCCUCGUGUCCUCAGCGGCCUCAUCGUCUUCCUCUCCCUCCGCUUUGUCAUCCUCCACAGCAGCUAAAUGUUCCCUGGUUUCUCCGGGCCCCAUGGAGGCCUCACUGGCCCCAGUAUGGAGCUCUGCAGGGGUUGCAGGGGGGGCCCUCUGCCCCUGCGGAGUCUGCAGACUGCCCAGGUUCAACCAUUCCAAAGCUGCCCCCAGAUUCCCAAAGUAA